GCUAUUAGCCUUUCAGAAAGAUGGAUAGAAGAAAUGACUAUAGUUUUCGGGUGCCCACAUUCCAGUGCCCUCUGCCUCCCGCUGGGAGCCUAGGGCUUCCUAUCUCUCCAGAUGCACAGAGGGAGACCACAGAAAAGGACAGCGUCCCGGUGACGCACACCCAGUUGCCAGCAACCAAUGACCCACCAGUUGGCAACCGAUCUAAGAAAAACAAGAACAAGAACAAGAAGAAUAACAAGCCUAACGCUAACACCACACCCGCUCCCCCUCCAGUCCCAUCGGCCAAUGAUAAUGCUAACAACAAGCCUAAAGUAACUUUGCCGGCUUUAAACUUACCAGUGUUCACCCAGAUCAGUCAGGCUUCAGCUACUACAGAGGCACCCAAUACCCAGGCUUCAGUUACUGCUCAGACCAAGAAUGCCAAGUCACAGAGAGUUACUCCCAAGGUAUCCCAAACUGGCAGUGAGGAUGUCAGUACACAGCCUAAGUCACCAUUACAGGCCCUAAACCUGCCAGUUACUGCACCAACUAUCCAGUCUCCAGUUGCCAAUGAGUCAGCUAAUUCCCAAGCCUUGAUAGCUAUGGGCAAAUCCAAGAAAGCCUCUAAGGCAAAGAAUAAGGCUGCCAAUAAGAAUGUACCUAGUGCCACUGAGAUCUCACUGGCUUCAGCUGCCACCCACACAGCUACUACCCAAGGCCAAGCUGCCAGGGAGACAGGUAGUAUCCAGGCUACAGCAGCCACUGUCCGAGGCAAGAAAAAUUCCAAAGGAAGAAGAACACCUGUUAAGACCACAAAUACUGAUACUGAAUAUGUAGAGCCCUCUAAUGCCCCUGAGGUAGCUAGCAGACAGAUUGAGGCAUCAGCUGUAGUUGCAAGGUCCAAAAAGCCCAAGGGGAAGAAGGCUCCCAAUAAAGGCUCAAAUUCUGCUUCUGAGACGUCUGAGGCUCCACCUGCCAUUCAAAUGGUCUCAAACCAUGCCCUAUCAGUCACUGUACAGAUUAGGAGAGGGUCUAGGGCUCGAAAGGCUGCCAAUAAGGCUCGGGCAACUGAAAGCCAGCCUCAGAUCACUGACCAAGGAGGAGCUCAGGCCUCUCAGGCCAACAUGAAUACCCUGGAGACUCAGGUUGCUGCUGCUGUCCAGGCCUUGGCAGAUGACUAUCUGGCUCAGUUGACUUUAGAACCCACGACCAGAACCCGGGGCAAGAGGAACCGGAAGCCUAAGCAUCCCAAUGGAGAUGAGAGAACUGGGAAUUUCAGGCGGUUCCCAUGGGGCAGGAGGCUUCCACCACCCAGAGAUGUGGCCAUUUUGCAGGAAAAGGCAAAUAAGUUGGUGAAAUACCUGUUGCUUAAAGACCAGACAAAGAUCCCAAUCAAGCGCUCAGACAUGCUGAAGGAUGUCGUCCAAGAAUAUGAGGAUUAUUUCCCAGAGAUCAUUGAACGAGCAAGCUACGCUCUGGAGAAGAUGUUUCGAAUCAAUCUGAAGGAAAUUGAUAAGCAAAAUAGCUUGUAUAUUCUUCUCAGCAUUCAGGAGUCCUCUUCAGGCAUACUGGGAACGACCAGUGACACACCUAAGCUGGGUCUCCUCAUGGUGAUUCUGAGUGUUAUUUUCAUGAAGGGCAACAAGGCCAGUGAGGCUGCCAUCUGGGACAUGCUGCGCAAGUUGGGGCUGCACCCUGGGGUAAAACAUUCACUCUUUGGAGAAGUGAAGAAACUCAUCACAGAUGAAUUUGUGAAGCAGAAAUAUCUGGAAUACAAGAGGGUCCCCAACAGCAGACCACCUGAGUAUGAAUUCUUCUGGGGCCUACGGUCUUACCAUGAGACUAGCAAGAUGAAAGUUCUGAAAUUUGUAUGCAAGGUACAGAAGAAAGAUCCCAAAGAAUGGGCUACUCAGUACCGCGAGGCAGUUGAGAUGGACAUUCAGGCUGCAGCUGUGGCUGUGGCUGAGGCUAAGGCCAGGGCUGAGGCAACAGCCCAAAUGGGGAUUGGAGAGGAAGCUGUGGCUGGGCCCUGGAAUUGGGAUGACAUGGAUAUUGGCUGCCUAACAAGGGAAGAGUUGGGUGAUGAUAUGCAGCCCUGGGCCAGACUUUCCUUUGAUUUUGAACCCGGAGCCCAAGAAAAUACAGAUCCCACCAUUGAUGUCAACUUCAACCAAGGAGCUUGUACCAGAAAUAGCUUCAGUGACGGUGCUGGUAUUAGUUUUGGUGGUGUAACCAACCCCAGUGGUGGCUUUGGGGGCACAGCCAGCAUUAGCUUUGGUGGUGCACCCAGCACUAGCAGCAGCUUGAACAACACAGCCAGCAUUAGCUUUGGUGGUGCACCCAGCACUAGCACCAACUUGAGCAACACAGCCAGUAUUAGCUUUGGUGGUGCACCCAGCAUUGGGAAUAGUUUCAGUGGUGGAUCCAGCAUUAGCUUUGGUGGUGCUCCUACCACCAGUACCAAUUUCAGUGGUGGAGCCAGUAUUAGUUUUGGUGGUGCACCUAAUACAAGUGGCAGUUUCAAUGGUGGAGCCAGCUGUGGCUCUGGAGGCACACUUAGCAGUAUCAGCGCUGGCUUUAGUGGUGCACUCAGCACAAGCACCAGCUUUGGCAGUGCACCGACUACAAGCACUGUCUUCAGUGGUGCAGUUAGCACCACCACUGGCUUUGGAGGCACACUUAGCACCAGUGUCUGCUUUGGUAGUUCUCCCUACUCUGGUGCUGGCUUUGGAGGCACACUCAGUACCAGUAUCUCCUUUGGUGGUUCCCCUAGCACCAAUACUGGUUUUGGUGGGACGCUCAGCACCAGUGUUUCCUUUGGUGCGUCUUCUAGCACCAGCUCUGGCUUUGGUGGCACACUAAGCACUAGUCUUUGCUUUGGUGGUGCACUGAAUAACAGUGCUGGCUUUGGGGGUGCUAUGAGCACCAGUGCCAGCUUUGGUGGUGUGCUGAAUAACAGUGCUGGCUUUGGGGGUGCCAUCAGUACGAGUGCCAGCUUUAUGUUGAAUAACAGUGCUGGCUUUGGGGGUGCCAUCAGUACAAAUGCCAGUUUUGGUGGUGCAAUGAAUAACAGUGCUGGCUUUGGGGGUGCGCUGAAUAACAGUGCUGGCUUUGGGGGUGUCAUCAGUACAAAUGCCACCUUUGGUGGUGCGCUGAAUAACAGUGCUGGCUUUGGGGGUGCCAUCAGUACAAAUGGCAGCUUUGGUGGUGCGCUGAAUAACAGUGCUGGCUUUGGGGGUGCCAUCAGUACAAAUGGCAGCUUUGGUGGUGCGAUGAAUAACAAUGCCAGCUUUGGGGGUGCAAUCGGCACCAGCCCUGACUUUGGUGGCGCGUUUAGUACCAGUGUUGGCUUUGGUGGCACACUUAGUACCACUGACUUUGGUAGUACCCAUAGCAACAGCAUUAGCUUUGGCAGUGCUCCCACUACCAGCGUUAGCUUUGGUGGGUCUCAAAGCACUAACCUCUGUUUUGGUGGAGCACCCAGCACCAGUCUCUGUUUUGGCAGCGCAUCUAACACCAACCUAUGCUUUGGAGGCUCUUCCAGCACCAACUGCUUUAGUGGUGCUACCAGUGCCAAUUACAGUGAGGGGCAAAGCACCAGUGCCAUUUUCAGUUUUGGGAAUGGGCUAAAUACCAGUGCUGGCUUUGGAAAUGGCUUCAAUGGUGGCCUGGGCACCAACACUGGGUUUGGCGGUGGACUGGGCACCAGCACGGGAUUUAGUGGUGGACUAAGUCAUAAUGCUGACUUCAAUGGCGGACUGGGUACCAGUGCUGGCUUCAAUGGUGGACUAAACACUAACACUGAUUUUGGUGGUGAAUUGGGCACGAGCACUGGCUUUGGUGAUGGACUGGGAAACAGCACCGGCUUUGGUGGUGGACUGGUCACUAGUGAUGGCUUUGCUGGUGACCUGGGUACCAAUACUGGUUUUGGCGGCACACUUGGCACUGGUGCAGGCUUUAGUGUAAGCCUCGGCAAUGGCAAUGGCAAUGGCUUUGGCAAUGGGCCUAAUGCCAACUUCAACAGAGGACUGAAUCCCAUCAUUGGCUUUGGCAGUGAUUCCAACUCCAGCAGUGGCUUUACUGGUGAACCCAACACUGGCUCCAGCUUCAGUAAUGGACCCAGUUCUAUUGUUGGCUUUAGUGGUGGACCAAGUGCUGGUGCUGGCUUCUGCAGUGGACCAAGCACUGGUGGCUUCGGUGGUGGACCAAGUACAGGACCUGGCUUUGGUGGUGGACCGAACACCAAUGGUGGAUUCGGCGGUGGACCACCAAGCACCGGUACUGGCUUUGGUGGUGGAAACACUAACCACGGUGCCUGUGGCUUCCCUUACGGCUAGUGAAGUUUCAGGUAACUGCAAUAUUCCUAUAGCCAGAGUCCAUGGGGAUAGCUAUAAUAGCUGGGAGAUACUAGAGGA